UAUCCUUCAUCAAAGGGAAUCCAGAACGAGGCGUUGCGAUCAACAACAUGGCGAGCUUGGACCAAAAUUCCAAUGCCACUCUGCAAGGAAUUGCAAGGCAUAUCAAUUGCCUGACAGAAGAUAACAGAAAUACCAGAAAGAGAGCUUUAGAAGGGAUAAGGAAGGACACUUUGGAUAGAAAUCCAUCGUUGCAAGUGUCCGAAUUAACUCAUAUAUUAAGCGAAAUCAUUAAACCAUUGUUGAAAGCUUUUUCAGAUCCAGUUGAAAAAUGCAGAAGCCUGGCAAUAAGUACAGUAAAAGAUUACUGCAAAGUUAUAGAGAAACCAGUGAGAUUUUUACCAUACAUUAUGCCAGUGCUUGUACAAAGAUUAGGCCAACAAGACAUCACAGAAUCUUCAGAAGAAUUGAGAUUGUUGUUAGUGGAAUUCUGCUUAGAUAUUGUAGAAUUUUCUGGAAAAGAUAUUCAUAUUUUCUUAGAUGACUUUAUAAAGAUCUUACAAAGAACCUUAAUAGAUGCAUACCCUGAAGUAAAGAAGGAAAGCUGUAGAUGUUCUUCUGCCAUAGCCAAAUCAGUACCAGAAUAUUUUCACAUGCAGUCUGAAACUUUAAUCAAACCACUGUUGAUGUCCAUUACUCACCAGCAUUCAAAAGUUAGAACACUUGUCAUUCAAACAAUAGGUGAUGUUAUUCAGUAUGGUAAUGGAAAAGCAGUAGACACAAUUGUGUCUCAUUUUGCCCAAAGAUUAUUUGAUGAUUCUCCUGCUGUCAGAAAAGCUGUUGUUAUGGUAACAGGUCAUUGGUUAUUAGAUUUGCCUGAUAGGUACUCAUUCCAUCAUAAGUUAAUGCCACUCUUGUUGACUGGAAUAUCAGAUACCCAACCUGAGAUUCAGGAAGUGGCAGACUCAUUGUGGUAUGAUGUAGGCUUAAAAUUUGAAAAAGAAAAUGAAAAAGACUUCAAAGACAAACUUGAUUUUGAAAAAGAGGCUCCAAGUCAUUAUCCUCCAAAUGUGGAGAGACCCAAUCUUGGAUGUCGAGUAUUAGUCAAUAGAAAUCUAUCAAAGAUCGUCAAUGGUUUAAUGAGAGAUAUCGUGGACUGGGUUGCACCCACCCGACUUAAAUCUGCAUCACUGCUCUAUGUACUACUUCUAAACGCUGAGGAUUACAUAACACAACACAUGACACCAUUGAUAUCUGGCAUGAAUAAAGCAUGUGCAGACCAGGAAGUACAAGUUGUCAAAGAUGUACAGAGAAGUGCAGAGCUUGUGGGUUACUUUGUGGAGCCAGAAGUCUGGUGGAAACUAGUACAAGGCAACAUCAAAUCUACACAGUCAUAUACCUCACUUAUGAUUCUAGCAAACAUCAUGAAAGGAACAGAAAGGAGUAAACUGAAGCCAUAUCUAUCAGACAUAUGUUGUACUCUGGCAAAUCCUGAUAUAUGCUUAACCAUCACGACUCCACUACAGCAACAGUUAUUGAAAUGUAUGGGAACAAUGAUGGCGGUUGGACAGACAGAUGUCAGGGAUGUCAGUCAGAUCAUAUUCAACGUACUGAUAACUGUUAUAGCUCUCAAACAAGCCGACUCAACAGCUGAAGAGGCUCAUACUUUGCUUGACAAGUUGUCAGAGGUGGAAGGAUUUUCAACAAAAGAUGAAUUAUUCAGAAAACAUACUAAGCCAUUGAUUAAUUCAUUUGAAGAUAGUUAUGUUAUGUGGAAUACACAUACACCAGAAAGACUUGUAUUAGAUACUCUACUGAUCGAGUCAGGACCAAUUGUUGGAGAAUUGUUAGAUGAAGUCAUGGCCAUAUUAGUACCCUGUCUCGACCCAAAAAAGGAUGCUGAAAUGAGGGUUAAGUUCUUCAGCCUUCUAUCCCAACUCCUGAUGAAUGCUAAGGAGACAUUAGACUCACAGGGAAAGUUUGGAGACAUAUCAGUGAUCGUGGUCAGGGAUAUAGUUAUACCUAAUAUGGUGUGGCAAGCAGGAAGAAUAGCAUCAGCCAUCAGAACUAGUGCUGUGUCAUGUAUGUGGGCAUUGUUACAAAGUGGAGUCUUGGAUAAAGAAAAGAUGCAACCUGUUGUUGAAGAUCUAAUCACACAACUUAAAACCUCCAUGGACAGUGACAACAAGAAUACACGACUGGUUUCUUGUCGUGUGAUGACCAGGCUGCUAGAGCUCAUGAAUAACUCCCUCGACCAGGACAAUCUGUACAACUUCUACCCAGAGUUACUGAAGCGGUUAGAUGAUAGCAGUGAUGAGAUCAGAAUUGUUGUAUCUAAAACAUUCCUUGCAUAUUUGGAAUGUUUUGAAGGGAAAUACAAGGUAGAUCUGUAUAGGCUACACCUAGAGUCUAUUUAUAAAGGUCUACUAGUGCAUCUUGAUGAUCCUGAUGCUAAAAUACAGAAUGCAAUACAAGAGGUUCUGAAAGAAGCAGGAAAAUUCUCUCCACAGAUGUUAAUCACAGAAAUAGAAGGUGUCAAACACAAGCAUCGGACAAAUAGAUAUUGUGAAGAACUUAUAAAGACAUUUAAAUCUUCUUAAUAGAACUUUAUUAAAGAUUUAUAUACAAAUGUAUUAAUAUAUAAUAUGCUGAUGUGUUCAAACACCAUAUCAUGUCAAGUUUUAUUGGUAUUCAUAAAAUCAUUUCAGAACUGA